GGGGCCGCACGUCCUCUCUGGCCAGCCUCAGCCGCCGCGCCUCAGUCCGCCCUCCGCGCCCGCUCCGCUAGCAUGACCGACGCGCUGUUGCCCGCGGCCCCCCAGCCGCUGGAGAAGGAGAACGACGGCUACUUUCGGAAGGGCUGUAAUCCCCUUGCACAAACCGGCCGGAGUAAAUUGCAGAAUCAAAGAGCUGCUUUGAAUCAGCAGAUCCUGAAAGCCGUGCGGAUGAGGACCGGAGCGGAAAACCUUCUGAAAGUGGCCACGAACUCAAAGGUGCGGGAGCAAGUGCGGCUGGAGCUGAGCUUCGUCAACUCAGACCUGCAGAUGCUCAAGGAAGAGCUGGAGGGGCUGAACAUCUCGGUGGGCGUCUAUCAGAACACAGAGGAGGCAUUUACGAUUCCCCUGAUUCCUCUUGGCCUGAAGGAAACGAAAGACGUCGACUUUUCAGUCGUCCUCAAGGAUUUUAUCCUGGAACAUUACAGUGAAGAUGGCUAUUUAUAUGAAGAUGAAAUUGCAGAUCUUAUGGAUCUGAGACAAGCUUGUCGGACGCCUAGCCGGGAUGAGGCCGGGGUGGAACUGCUGAUGACUUACUUCAUCCAGCUGGGCUUUGUCGAGAGUCGCUUCUUCCCGCCCACACGGCAGAUGGGACUCCUGUUCACCUGGUAUGACUCUCUCACCGGGGUUCCGGUCAGCCAGCAGAACCUGCUGCUGGAGAAGGCCAGUGUCCUGUUCAACGCUGGGGCCCUCUACACCCAGAUCGGGACCCGGUGCGAUCGGCAGACGCAGGCUGGGCUGGAGAGUGCCAUAGAUGCCUUUCAGAGAGCUGCAGGGGUUUUAAAUUACCUGAAAGACACAUUUACCCAUACUCCAAGUUACGACAUGAGCCCUGCCAUGCUCAGCGUGCUCGUCAAAAUGAUGCUUGCGCAAGCCCAAGAAAGCGUGUUUGAGAAAAUCAGCCUUCCUGGGAUCCGGAAUGAAUUCUUCAUGCUGGUGAAGGUGGCUCAGGAGGCUGCCAAGGUGGGAGAGGUCUACCAACAGCUGCACGCAGCCAUGAGCCAGGCGCCAGUGAAAGAGAACAUCCCCUACUCCUGGACCAGCUUAGCCUGCGUGAAGGCCCACCACUACGCGGCCCUGGCCCACUACUUCACUGCCAUCCUCCUCAUCGACCACCAGGUGAAGCCAGGCACGGAUCUGGACCACCAGGAGAAGUGCCUGUCCCAGCUCUACGACCACAUGCCAGAGGGGCUGACACCCUUGGCCACACUGAAGAAUGAUCAGCAGCGCCGACAGCUGGGGAAGUCCCACCUGCGCAGAGCCAUGGCUCAUCACGAGGAGUCGGUGCGGGAGGCCAGCCUCUGCAAGAAGCUGCGGAGCAUUGAGGUGCUACAGAAGGUGCUGUGUGCCGCACAGGAACGCUCCCGGCUCACGUACGCCCAGCACCAGGAGGAUGAUGACCUGCUGAACCUGAUCGACGUCCCCAGUGUUGUUACUAAAACUGAGCAAGAGGUUGACAUUAUAUUGCCCCAGUUCUCCAAGCUGACAGUCACGGACUUCUUCCAGAAGCUGGGCCCCUUAUCUGUGUUUUCGGCUAACAAGCGGUGGACGCCUCCUCGAAGCAUCCGCUUCACUGCAGAAGAAGGGGACUUGGGGUUCACCUUGAGAGGGAACGCCCCCGUUCAGGUUCACUUCCUGGAUCCUUACUGCUCUGCCUCGGUGGCAGGAGCCCGGGAAGGAGAUUAUAUUGUCUCCAUUCAGCUUGUGGAUUGUAAGUGGCUGACGCUGAGUGAGGUUAUGAAGCUACUGAAGAGCUUUGGCGAGGACGAGAUCGAGAUGAAAGUCGUGAGCCUCCUGGACUCCACAUCAUCCAUGCAUAAUAAGAGUGCCACAUACUCCGUGGGAAUGCAGAAAACGUACUCCAUGAUCUGCUUAGCCAUUGAUGAUGACGACAAAACUGAUAAAACCAAGAAAAUCUCCAAGAAGCUUUCCUUCCUGAGUUGGGGCACCAACAAGAACAGACAGAAGUCAGCCAGCACCUUGUGCCUCCCAUCGGUCGGGGCUGCACGGCCUCAGGUCAAGAAGAAGCUGCCCUCCCCUUUCAGCCUUCUCAACUCAGACAGUUCUUGGUACUAAUGUGAGGAAACAAACACGUUCAGGCCCCGAACAUUUCCGGUGCUGACUCGGCCUUAAACGUUUGUGCCAUAAUGGAAAAUAUCUAUCUAUCUGUUCUCAAAUCCUGUUUUUCUCAUAGUGUAAACUCACAUUUGAUGUGUUUUUAUGAAGGAAAGUAACCAAGAAACCUCUAGGAAUUAGUGAAAAAAGAACUUUUUUGAAGUGUGUUACUAUACUGCUGUAAGUUAUUUAUUGUAUAAAGUAUUGUAAAUAGAAUAGUGUUGAAGAUAUGAAAUACGGCUAUUUUUAAUGGUGACAAUUAUGACUUUUAGUCACUAUUAAAUUGGGGUUACCUAUAUUAGUACAAUUUGUAGUUGUUUCCAGGUUUGGCUAAUAAUCAUUCCUUAACCUAGAAUUCAGAUGAUCCUGGAAUUAAGGCAGCUCAGAGGACUAUAAUGAUAGAAUUAAAUUAGUGUCACUAAAAACUGUUCCAAAGUGCUGCUUCCUAACAGGAAUUCAUUAACCUAAAACAAGAUGUUACUAUUAUAUCGAUAGACUAUGAAUGCUAUUUCUAGAAAAAGUCUAGUGCCAAAUUUGUCUUAUUAAAUAAAAACAAUGUAGGAGCAGCUUUUCUUCUAGUUUGAUGUCAUUUAAGAAUUGCUAACACAGUGGCAGUGUUAGAUGAAGAUGCUGUCUACAAGGUAGAUAAUAUACUGUUUGAUACUCAAAACAUUUUUCAUUUUGUUUAAAGUAGAAGUUACAUAAUUCUAUAUUUUAAGUCUUGGGUAAAAAAGUAGUUUUACAUUUUAUAAAGUAAAGAUGUAAAUGAUUCAGGUUUAAAGCUCUAUUUGACUUUUUUGUUGUUGUUGUUUGAGAUAGAGUCUUGCUCUGUUGCCCAGGCCGGAGUGCAGUGGUGUGAUCUCAGCUCAGUGCAACCUCCGCCCCCUGGGAUCAAGCGAUUCUCCUACCUCAGCCUCCCAAGUAGCUGGGACUACAAGGUGCCCUCCAGCAUGCCUGGCUGAUUUUUGUAUUUUUAGUUGAGGUGAGGUUUCACCAUGUUGGCCAGGUGGGUUUCGAAAUCCUGACCUCAAAUGAUCCACCCACCUCAGCCUCCCAAAGUGCUGGGAUUACAGGCAUGAGCCACCACACCCGUCCCACUAUUUUACUUUUUAAAAUGACAUUCUUACUGAUUGAUUUUUAUCUUGCUAUAAGUUGGAUGACACCGUGAAUCUAAUAAGGUUCACUGUUGACACGGUACAAGUUACAUAGCUAAAAUACAUAGCAUUGAAGACUAAUUUUAAGGAUUAACAAGAGUUUAUUUUCUAUUGUGCAAUAUCUUAAAGAAAGCAACCACCUUUGGGAAAGUGUAUCUGCUGCUCCUAGGGCCAUGUUUGUAUAAAUAUUUUAAUAAACAUAUUCAUUUACCCGA